UCCUUAAAAAAAAAACCCAGUUCGACCCUUUCCGUCAUUCGGCAACCACAAAAAACGCGAGCAGCCUCCCUUUUCGUGCGCCCUUUUUCAUUUCCGUCACCCAAAACCCAACUCUCUUUCUCUCUCUCUCUCUGCGCGCCUAAUUUCUCAAGGUAUUGGAUCUGUCUUUUGCUUUGGGUUUUCUUCGAUUCCGUGCAGUUUUUGUAUCUGGGUAUUGCAUUUUGUAAUCUGAAAUCUGAGUGUGUUAUUGGUUCUGGGUUUGAAUGAUGGAGUUUUUGUUGUGAUAGAUUUCUGGGUUUUUGUUGUGAUAUUUCUGGCUGAAACUUUUUUAGCAUAUAUUUACUAUGAUUUGAUUCCAAGGUCUCAGUAUGUGUGUCUUCUCAACGUCAUCCCACUGUCUGUCCAAGUACAACUAAAAAAUAAAUCAUCAUCUACCCGUCGCCAUUUCACCCGUCUUCCAUUGUAAUUAAUCAUUACAACUGCAUUAGAUAACAACAAUUACCAAGUGAUAAGUUAAUUUUUAAAUGAUCGUAUUUCUAGGAUAAAUGUUAUUACAUUGGGAUCCAUUAGGAUCCAAUGAGCGCCACUUCAUGCAUUUGCGGUUUGCAAAAGGGAUUCACACCAUUUUUUCUCCUGCAUACUAAUCCAUGUUGAGUAAGUCUUUCAUGUAUUAUCUCACCACAUGAAUAUGAUUGUUCUUGCUAGCUAUAAAAUCCAUAAACGUUAUAAUUUGGGCAUAAAAAGUGGGAACAGAAGCUGUUGUGUAUAGUUCACAAAAGUAACUAGUGCAGAAGCUUAUGUGAGGUUUUGGAAGAAACUAAUGUUGUGUAUAGUUCACAAAAGUAACUAGUAGUUACUAUUUUGUAUGACAAAUAAUGAAACGCAACAGAGUGAACCAAACUGGUUGUGCUCGAUCACAAGAGACACUGUGGCGCAAACCCUAAUCGGAGCUCCACGACGACGACCACCUUCGUGCUUUUAGCACCAUUCUGGCUGCUCAUUACUCACACACACACCCUGCAAUUGGAUUGGGUCUUGCAGAAAAAAGAGGAAGACAACUAAGAUUCGAGAAGCUUCAGGGGCUUCAUCGAUCGCCUUUGAGCUCGAACCAGGUCUCUGUCUCAGAUGAAGGUAUAAGGAAACAAAUAUAUAUGACAUUCUGAGUUUGGGGGAAUGGUGGGUUCUUGUAUAAGUAAUUCGAGAUAUACAUACAUACAUGGCUCCAAAUGGCCUAACGAGGAGGUUGACGUGCACCAAAUCAUUGUUAAAAAGAGUGGUGCAAAGGGUUUCUUAGUCUACUUCUUUGCUCUCAUUAUUCUAGCAAACGCCUUCCAUCUUUUCUUAGUAAAGGGAGGUUCAGUUAUCAUUCUUUUAUGGAGUUUCCUUUUAGAUGCAUUCCUUGUAAAGUUGCUUUGGAAGGGUGUUACAAAAGAGUCCGUUGUGGUUAUGCCAGCCUUUGGAGUUCAACUUGAAACUCAUUAUAAGAGUGGAAGAGUUGCUCGUCGCUUUGUUCCUAUUGACAAGAUUUUGAAACCUGUGCUACUAGAAUGUGUGACUCCUGUUACUUGUUACUGGAGCCUGUCUUUCAUUGUACAUGGAGAAGCAGAUUUGGUGCUAGUUUUUAAGGAAUUACGUCCCCCUAUGAAAAUGUUGGCCCCCAUCUGGAAGGCCUUGUGUGCUGCUACUGGUAGUAAAGAAAGCUUAGACACAUGUAAGGAAGACAGAUGAUGAAGAUCAUCAAGUUCGCAUUCGAAGUUUGGCGUGCUCAAGCAACUAGAACAAUCUAUAGAUCAAUUAGCUCCCUAAGAUUCCAACCGGUACAACUUCUAUUUCCAGUCAGCGGAUGAGGAGGAUGAUCGAAGAGAUUGUGAUUUGUACAAGACUAGAGGCGAUUCCUUUUUCAAUCAGUUACAGAAGUCACACUGUACAAUUUGCUGAUAUGAUCUAAUUGUAGGGAAAAUCAAUGUAAAUUCAAGUUUUGGUAAUGCCAUACUGGGGCAACGCAAUCUAAUCAGUGCUUGAGUUAUUCUCAUUUUUGAACCGGAAACUGUACCCCCUUCUCUUCUGUCUUUUGUUUCUUUCGCCGUCGUGAUAACUAUACUUGACUGAUGCUACUUGCUCUAUGGAUGACUCAGUUGCAUUAGACA